AAUUUGAUCUAUAAAUAUAAAUAUUUAUUACAUUUUAAUUAUUUAUUUUUUAAAUCAUUCUUUAAGAAUAAUGAAACUGAAAUCAAUUCUUAUCAAUCACAUCAAAUAAAAGAGCACUAAUUAAAAACAAUAAAAAAAUAAAUAUCACCAACCCUAUUUCCUACUUCCAUUCUAGAGCAAUUUAUCUUGAGUAAAAAUUCAAAUAUUACGAUAUUUAAUCUCUUAAAGGACCUCUUAAAGGAUAAAUCGGUUUUGAAAUUGUAUAUCGUAAUCAGCCUGAAAGAGCAUCUUCAUCAUGCCCAAUUCAUGCUUAUACUCCAUCCCUAGCCAUGACGUAAACCAUACUUCAGUUUCGUUCAGCCGCGGAAAAUAAUUUUUGGAUCGUGUUUCUAAAACUAUUCGGGGAUUGAAGAAGCCUCUGUUGCACUUCUAUUUAAUCUAAAAUAUAUUAAUGUUGAUACAAAGCGAAAUAUUUUUGGAAAAUUCUACAGGCGAAAACAAAAGUUGGUGUAUAAAAAUAUCGAUCGAGUCUUGUUUAUCGAGCUAUAUCGAUAAAUCGAAAUUUAUGUUGGAACAAGCGAGAUAGAGAUAGGAUAAGCGAGCAAUGUGACAGAGACGAAGUGAUCUCGCUUCGAUUAAUUACAAACUUCAAUCGUAACUUUACAAAUAAAACUCGAUCGAUCUAUCUAUAUCGAUUUUUCUUUUCCUCUCGAUAUAUAGAAUCGAUCGUUAACAAGAUGGCAACGUGUAUAUAUCGACUUUUACUUUGUUAAAUGAUUAAGAAGAAAAUUCACGAGUCAAAUAGAUCUUGAGAAAAGAGAAAAUGUAAGGAAUUGAAUUAUCUCGGUCUCGAUUAUGGGUGACGGUCGAUUUAUCAAAGAAGAAACGAUUGAUAUUCAAUAUAUUCGGUAUCUCGAACGAGCAACGUGUAUUUCUGGAUAAUGACUCAUACCCGUUUCUCCGCCACGUGCUUUCUCCGUCCCAUCGAGUCACGAAUAAAAAGGAAGCUGUUCUGCUCUUACUUGUCCCUUGUUGUGUGUACACACAGUGUGCCAAAAGUGAAGUCACCGCUUUAUUGGAUAACCGAUUACCGUGUAAGUUUGAAUCACCAAGAUAAAAAGAGUUAUUCUCAUCAUUUAUUUCGCCUUUAUCGAUCCUGCAUCUAUUUCCGAUGUGUUGGAAUUAUCGAUGUGUCAUCCAGUUGCACGAAAUCAGAAAAAUUUACACUUUUUUUUGUUUCACGAAAAGGUAUACGAGUUAAAGAUGAAAAUAUAAAUGAAGAGUGCUGUUGGAAACUGAAUUAUGAAAGAUUGAUCGAGAAUCUUCGCCUCUCCAAAGGUCAAGUAUAUAUAAAUAUCCACGUAUAUAUACGAUCAAUAUAUCAAGUCGCACAUUGUCGCGUGAGAGAGAUCUAAAUCGAUCUUCUGGCGAUCCAAAAAUUAUAGAUCUGGCAAAAUAAAUAAA